AUGAAAAACGACAUGAAAGAGUUUGUGUUUUAGGAGGUUAAAUAUGUGUGAAAUAUAAAUGAUUUCAUUACACCGGCCUCAUAAUGAAAGCUUGUAAAGUUACAGCAGAUCAUUAUUACUUAUCCUAAUGUUUGAUGACGAUAUGAACCUCAGAAUUGGCAAAUAGCUGAACUGCAUUGCAUCAAUCAGAGUGUAUUAUUAUGCUGAGUUCUUUUAUUCGUAUAGCACAAGUGUACAACAACAGUUGUUUCAAUGUUCUUUACAACAUAAAGUAAAGACCCUACAAAAUGAUCCAACAAUCCUCUUUAAGCCAGAAACUGGUUACAGAUGGGAGGAAAAGCUGGCCUCAGGAAAGACACUGGUUGGGUGUAAGGGUAAAAAUGGGCCGCUCUCAAAUUAGAUAUCUUUUUUUAAAAUAUUGAUAAUUUCAUAGCUCCUAUUUAAAGGAAUCAGUUUGGAGCUGGUGAGUCUACUUUACAUACUUACAUGUAGAGCUUUAAUAAUGCUCAGUGCAUCACCUGCAUGCGAAUGUUUUUGCAAGUCGCAUUUAUAACAGAGUGUUUUGCUUCUGUUGUCUGUGUGCGUAGGUCAACUUGUUUUCUUAUACAGCAGUGUGGUAGUCCUGCCUUCAUAAUCUUCUCUCCUGACUGUGUGCCAUUAUCUGAUUACACUGGCAGUUAUAAGGGUGACGGGAUUGUCAACGGCACUCCUGACAAAGUGUGGGAAUGUCUUAAACCGGUACCCAACGGACUCAGAGUCAAGUGGGACAACAAUGUGAAAAGGUUUGAGGUUCUGGAACAAAUUACAGAGGACAUCUCCAUCUGCCGAACAGUUACGCCCUCUGCAGCUAUGGGCAUCAUAGCACCACGAGACUUUGUAGAUGUUAUUUUAAUUAAGCAAUACGAAGAUGGCAGCAUUUCUUCAAAUGCUACCAAUACAAUUCACCCGAGCUGCGCUCCCCAGUCUGGCUACGUGAGAGGAUUCAACCAUCCCUGUGGUUGCAUCUGUGUCCCCGUCUCAGGAGAGCCCAACAAAACCCAGGUGCUGACUUUUUUCCAAACAGACCUCGGAGGCUACCUCCCUCGCUCUGUGGUCGACUCGUUCUUCCCCUCCAGCAUGGCCGAGUUCUACAGCAACCUGGCCAAGUCUGUUAAAUCACUCAAGGACUUUUGACACAAAGAGUUCAAUUCCUGCCUGAGGGCUGCUCACGAGUAGUUCAGAUGUUCAUGCCAUUUUUAACAGUCAACAGUAACGACCAAGCUCAGAUUAUCAGACGAUCACAUGAACAUAGACGUAUUUGUACACGUGUUAAAAGCAUGAAAAACAUUCCUUUUCUAUGAGAAUAGUGUGGCAUUAGACAUUUCCUCUUCUUACUUGCGUGUAUAGUAAACAUGCACAUUGCACGGCUCUUAGUCAACUUAUGCUGAUAUCGUUUAUUGGUUUUAACUUCAUACCUCACAUUUACAGCUGGUAAAAGAAGUAUGAAACACAUCACCAAUGUUUCAAGUAAAUAUGUUUCUAAAGUUCCUAUUGACCCUCAAACGUUUACUGUGUGUAACAACCCAGUUAAUCCACACAUGCAAAGAAAUCAAACCAUAGAUGUCCAUAAAGUUAU